AUGGCGCUCAACGUUGAUGUUGCGGCAUUACAAGAGUGUGUGGCGGGGUUGGCCUCAGCGGUAUUACCCGUGAAAGCGACUCUGAUAACGCUGGCACGGACUGCCCAUUGGGGCGGCGAUGACCACGAUUCCGCUACGCUCAGGGCCGCCCUCGCACAGGAAUCGCUGAGUCUGGAACAGCAGCGCGCACGAUGUGCGUGGCUCCAGCGCCAGUGCACGCUCAUUCACAGGGUGGCAGCAUGGCGCGAGCGGCUGUCCAACAGUCUGGCCGACGAUGCGCUCGCGGUGAAAGAUGCGCUCCUCGACGUUACGCCGCUCAUCCUGCCUCAGGGAACCGUCACAACCACCGGGCAGCCACCACACUCGUCACCAGAGACCCCAAAUGCCGUGGGCGAGGCCGGGAUGGGACUGCUCCAAGAGCUGUCGGCCAGAUGCAAGACCUGUUGGUCCCGUCACAUGGACGUUCGGGCAGGCAAUAUGGAGCCCAUGUUCGAGUACGCGGCCAGAGCGAAGCUCUCACAGGACCCGACGGCAGAUGUGGAGCUGACGACAGAGGAGAAUGAGGCGGACGAGGGCCUCUUCCACUUUCCCCACUUCCUGCUCUCCCUCGCACGAACCAUCGACAAGCUCAUCGCGGCGCUGCAGGUGCACAAUGUCGUCAAGAAGCAGCUCACUGAGAAGGCCAACAAAAUUAAGGACGAACUAUCGUCCACCUCGUCCGCUGCCGCCUCGCUGCGGACCUUCACCGGCUUCCUCGACUCGCUCGCCGAAGACGUCAACCGAUUGUGGAUUCUCACUGGGACCGUGUUCAGCGUGCAGGGGCCCGCUGGCAAAGAGACGCCGGGCUAUUCGAGUCUGCUCUCGGCCACGUACGACGCUUCGAGAAGCGCCGUCGGCGGUCUGGCGCAGGCCAUCAGCGACGCCGUGAGCAAUGCGGUCCUGCCGCUCCUUCGCAUCGUGGCCGCCAAAUCGACCCGCACACCACUCGAAGCCCUCCAGUUUCCCUUCGAACUUCUCAAGCGGUUCAUCGCCUUCUACGGCGACCCUUAUGGGCCGCUCUACUUCACCGCAGUGCAGCUCCGCGAAGUCGAUGAUCUGGAGCAGCUGGCCAAAGAUGUGUUGGGGGUUCUGGAGGAGCAACAGCCUCUGCGUGACGCAGUCGGUUCGGUGCUGAAGGCCAUCAAGCCCGCUCUCGACGACGCGUCCGUCAGCGACGAAUUUGCCAUGCAGCAAGUGUGGAGCGAGGGCAGAGAAUCGUCGCACAUGGUGAAAGGAAUGACCGACCUGUUCGAUACGUGCUCGCUGGUGGCCGCGCUUUCGCGCCACACUUCCCAUCGGACCAACAGCGAAACCACCCUCGCACAGUUUCUCACGAGCGUCCUGCGCGCCGGCCAACAGACCAAGGGCGCAGCAACGAAGGUGGCGCUGGGCAAGUUCGGUCAGUACCUGCAGCGCAAGGAGGAGCCCUCAGUUCUGGGCUCGUCGCCCAACUUCCUGCCGCCGCUGGCCAAGACCUUCUACGCCCUCCACAUGCCCUCCUUCAUCCCCGCACUCCUCUCCUCUUCAUCUUCAUCGUCCGCCUCUUCCUCCUCCACUUCGUCUCGCGCUUCGGCCAAGGCCGAGCGGUCGUUGCUGGUAUAG